UUUUUACUAUGGUCAAAUGUGGCAAAGAACUGUUUGGUUACAAGCAUUCUUCCAAAUAUCUUUCUUUGUAUUCAUCAGAACAAAUAAAUGUAGGUUUAGAACAACUAGAGUGAGUAAAAGAUGACAGAUUGUUUUUUGGUGAACUGUCCCUUUAAAGCAAAUGCAACUGAUGUCAUAUAAAACUUAUUUUGUUGGCAGGAGAAUCAUUUUUUAAAUGAGUGGUGUACUGGUAUCAUGCUAAAGAUGUUCUUCCUCUUGAAUCCAGUUUAUUUACAGUUUGUUGUGGUCUUUAGUGGUCAAACCAACAAUACAUGUCCUUUACCCAGUCCUUAACCUUACAGGUUCAGCUGAGAAGUGGUUGUGUAAUCACCGCCGUAUCACGUUUUCAAUUGAAAACUAUUGAAAUCCUGUAUGUUUUUUUUUUGACGGGGGCCUUUAGACAGUCACCAUAACCUUUCUCUUCCACCUGCACUACCUACCCCUUGUAUUCUUGGUUAUGCAGUCUUGUUUACAUCCAAUACCUCCAGUUACUUCUUGAUGAGCUUCUCUACAGGAUUACUAAACAAGAUUAAAGAGAGAAAAAAAUCCCUUUCCAUCUGUUUACCUGCAUUAACAGGAGCGGCAGCGUUACCUGUGCGUGACUUUGAGGAUCUUGCUGCAUAGCCCUUAAUCCAUAACAAUACUAUACCUUGGAUACACACAUGUACUGUGGAUACCAUGUAACAUGCACAGGCGUGUGAAGGUCUGGGGUCCCAAGUGAAGUAGCGGCUAUCGCUUGACAGCUCGAUUUUCAAGCCACGGGAGGUAACUGAACCUCGCUAUGUUGCAGCUCAUAUGGACGUACAGCCUUUGUUGUUUGGGCUGCGUUUUUGCAACAGCCAAACUGGAUAUUGCUGCAGAGGAGGUUGACUGGAGUCGGUUUCCUACACUUAGAAAUUCAGAUAAGCGCUCGCAAAAUGAUGAUAUUUCACGGUUGUUGCAAAUGCUUGUGGAGAAGCCUGGAGACCGAGCUUUCUUGCCAAGAAAGAAGCGUAAUGUUCUUCUCUCCAGUGGAGUAUGGCACUGCAGUCAAGAAACAGUACAGCAAGUCAUCAGCAAUCAUCUCAAAUACUACCAGCUCAGAGUGUGUCAGGAAACGGUGUGGGAAGCCUUUAAAAUCUUCUGGGACCGCAUCCCUAACCAGACAGAGUACCAGAGCUGGUUAAGUCAAUGCCAGGCCGGAAAAGUCACCAUACAUGACGUUGGCUCCUCUUUCAGCAAAUCAGAAGAACACCUACAACUUGUCCUCAAAAGACUUUCUCAGACGAAAAGUGAAACACCUUCAACGUCAUUAUGCAGCCCUGAGGAUUCUUCCCAAAACCAAAAUAAUCCACCAGCAGGUGAUGGGUUUCCAACAGAGGCCACUGCCGUGGUGACUGCACCUGUUUCAGAUGAGGUCGUCUCUCAGAGUGUGAUGGAAGUUACAGUAAAAACAUCAUCUGUUGUCAUGACGACUGAACCGGAAACUGAGAUUACUAAUGAGGUUGAAAAGCCUGCUGCUUUGCCUGCACGUCCUCUGAUCGAACAGAAGCUGAAGUUAUUACUGAUGGGAGAGCCGUGGAGUGAACAUCUGUCUGACCCCACCAGUAGUGAGCGCCGCAGUCUCACCCAACAGUUCACAGAAAAGAUUUCUACUGCUUUGAAAAAACUUACUGAAUUCAAGAGUGUAUCAGUACUGGAUGUCAGGCCACAGUUGGAUCCCUCAAGUGGUGAAAAAGCAUUGCUGGUGGAAUAUAUUGUGUUCCUUCAGACCAGCAGUGGAGAGAUCAGCAGUGAGACACUUGAUUUAAUUAAUCUCCAGUCAAACAUGGAAGAGGGCACCUACAGAGACUCCCUGGGACCCACCAUCACUGAAGACUUGAAUAUGGAAGCCUCUCCAGGGGAAACUCAUGAAGCAACAGAAUCUCCAGACUCUGACCUCACGGAUGAAAUUCAAAGUGUAGAAAACACACCAGCUCUGCCUGGUGAGGAGCACAAGGAGGUCUUCACCAUUGGUCCAACGACAGGAUUACAACAGGAGGUUUUGCGAGAACAUGAUGUUAUAAAACUAGAUGAGAACACACCGUCCCUCACUGAUGAUCCAAACAGCAAUUUCUCGGAGGAUAUUGAAGACAAGGGCUUGGUUUCCUGGUCUACCCCCAGUACGACUCUUGCUGUUUAUGAUGAAACUGUUGGUCAAGACAGUGAAAUCGCAACUGAUGACUUUGAUCCUGCCUCUGGAUCUGGUGCCGCAAUGGACCCGGCUGAAGAGACAGAAGCUGAUGUAGAGGUUUUGACUGAUGAAGACACACCCCUUUUAGAGGACUAUGAAUUCUCCACCAUUACCACAGUUACAGAGGUAAUCGAGGACCACGUUUCACCUGUGGAAAUAGAUGGAAUGAUUACUGUUGAAGAUACUGAUACACCAAGAAUGCCAGCUAUAGAAGAGACAAAAACUACAUCCGUACCUGAGGUAGAUCACAUAAAACCAAAUGAAGAUGAAAGGCCAGAGGAGGACAAGAAAGAAAUUGCUCCCACAGAAACACAAACGGAUGAAAAAUCUGAAGUUGUAGUGAUUACAGAAAACGAAUCAGGGGAAGUUGAAGAGAAUGGGGAAGUUGUUGAUAGUACCACAAUGGCAAAGGAAGGAAUUGGUUUUGUACUAAAACCUACUCAAUCUUUAGUGGAAGAUCUAACAGAGGAUGACAUCCUUUUGGUCACUUUACCAACAAGCCCAGUCCAACAAACAUCUCUUUCACCAGAGAAAGAAUCACCCUUCACUCUCAUCACCACGACGACCCCAGUGAAUGUUGAAUUAACUUCUACCAUUAAUUCAGAAACCAUGAGUACAUCCUUAGAUUAUAAUGUGAUCUUUUAUGGGGUGGAAGAUGGUAGUGGCGUCCCCGGUAUCAUCAAAGGUGAUGAUGUUUCCAGCAUUGCCAUGCCAACGAACCCUGGGCGAGCUUUGAUGGUGUUCUUCAGUCUUCGUGUAACUAACAUGAUGUUCUCAGAAGAUCUGUUCAAUAAGAGCUCUCCAGACUACAAAGCCUUGGAACAACGUUUUCUCGAACUGCUGGUGCCAUAUCUCCAAUCAAACCUUAGUAACUUUGAGAACCUGGAGAUCCUGAACUUCAGGAAUGGAAGCAUCGUGGUGAACAGCCGGAUGAAGUUUGCGAAACCUGUUCCUCGUGGAGUCACCACUGCUGUUUAUCUCAUUCUGGAGGACUUCUGCAACACAGCGUACCAGACCAUGAACCUCGCCAUUGACAAAUAUUCCCUGGAUGUGGAAUCAGGUGAUCAGGCAGACCCAUGCAAGUACCAGGCAUGUAAUGAGUUUGCAGAAUGUACUGUGAACCGCUGGUCGAGUGAAGCAGAAUGCGUGUGUAAUGCUGGGUACUUCAGUGUCGAUGGACUUCCCUGCCAGAGCAUCUGUGAGCUUCAGCCUGACUUCUGCUUGAAUGAUGGGAAAUGUGACAUCAUUCCAGACCAAGGAGCUAUCUGCAGAUGUCGUGUGGGGGAGAACUGGUGGUACAGAGGGGAGCAUUGUGAAGAAUAUGUAUCUGAGCCACUCUUAGUUGGCAUUGCCAUCGCGUCUGUUGCUGGGUUUCUGCUGGUGGCAUCAGGAAUAAUCUUCUUCUUAGCAAGAACCCUGAGAGAUCAGUAUGACAAAGAUGAGCUGGAGGACCCAGUGCGAAGAGAGGAUAGUUUUCCGUUUUUAGACAGGGCCACUAAGUACAACCCUAUGUUCGAGAGUGAUCUGACGACAGGCUACAGUCAUUACUACCGGCGGUACCCUGACCCUCCGAUACACAGCAGUGGCAGUGCUGAGGCCUCCACUGACUUCAGCAUUGAAGAAAUUCGCCACAUUUAUGAGAACAGUGAGCUCACCAAGGAGGAGAUUCAAGAUCGCAUCCGUAUCCUUGAACUCUACGCGAGAGAUCGUCAGUUUGCAGACUUCAUGCGGCAACAUCAAACAGCGAUUGAAAAUCAGAGAGAAAGUUCCUCUUCAUCGACAACACACGUCCAACUGAAUGCAACAAGCUGAAGGUGAUAAAUCAAUAUUAUGGAAACUGCAUGUUAUAGUGUGACAUGUUUUGUGUUUUUAGUGUUGCAAUGAGAGUAAACUUAAAAAAAUCUUGAAGAUUUUUAUGACAGAAGAGCACAUUUUAAUGUUUUAUUAUGAUCACUUAUUUUAAAAAUGUUUAUGCUUGUUGAGCUUUAAUUUAUCUAAAUAUCAUGUGCUUGACGUGUGAUGAGCUUUUGUUUACCUCUUUCAGAAACUUGCCUUGUCUUCGAGUAAUGGCACCUCACUGUUUUCUAAACACUUUCUGUCACCAGCCUCUCUUCUUUUCUAAGAUUCUUUCUUGCUUUCACAAAUUAAAAUGGUUAUCUUAACUUUAUAGGUGUUAGAUAAAAAGAGCUAUAUUCCUUUUAUUUUUUCUUAUAUUUUAUUUGUAUUACAUAUAACGUUUUCCUGUCAUAGAUCAAGAUUGUGGUCAUAGACAGUAUCUUUCUCUUUGGUUGAAGUUAUUAGUGCCUUCUAAUCUGUGUUCUGGGUGCUGUGGCCCAUGAGCUCUCAGCCAACCAUCAUUUGGUGUUUGGAGAAAAAGGCCUGCACUGACACAAGGUCUGCCUGCUUUCUGGAAGUUACUUGAAUAACUGUUACGGUUGUAGUUCUGUUAGUUUUACUGCUUUUAAAGUAUCACUGUUUCUUACAAUUAAACCUGCCCUUUAAGGGGGUCUUGCAAAAGUUCCUAUUUAGACAAGCUAGUUCAUUCGGCAAUUCCCCUGGCAGCUAUUUUCUAGGCAGUGACAAAAAUAAUGUAUAGUUAACACUUAGAUCACAAUUUUUAGCAUAAAUGAAAGCUAUAGAUUUAAUGUCUGUGAGAUUAAAUCUCAUUGUUUUUUGCAAGGUCCACGACUGAUCACCAUUAAUGCAAACACUAAUUGCUUUAAAAAGAAUAUCCUGUAAGUGAUGGAGAGCCAUGAGGGUUUGGAACGAGGUUGAAUAAAUGUUAUGUAUGUCACUUCAUAUAUGAUUGUGUAAAAUUAAAACCAAAUAAAACCUUUUGAU